AGAAGAAUCGAAAACGAAAGACAAAAAGAAAAUUAGCAAAAACGUCUACGAACGAAAACGGAUUUAAAGAAUUUACGCCAGAUAGUUUUUCAAUUUUGUCCUAUUAAAUAACCAAUUGUUAAACUAAAAACUACAAUUAAACAAUCUCAAAAGCAUCAAAAAUACAAUAGAAAAUCCAUCCAAUUGAAAAGAAUAAAAACAAAAACUCAAUUCAACUAUCAACAAGUGGUUUGCUAUUGGAAUUGGAAUAAAAGUUGCUGCGCCGCGGCCGUUCUCAUAGCAGCGUUUAGUGUUCAGUCAGUGUUGAGUUGAGCAUUGUUUUACCUUGUGUAUUAUAAUCGUCGCAUGACGUAAACCGGGGGCAAGAAUGUCCAAACACGAAAAGAAUAAGUCUGGCGGCCUGCUCGAGAGCUGGUUCGGCCGACCCAAGACAAAGGGCAGCAGCUAUAGCACACCUUCGGGACGGCCAACUUCCACAGAUGGCGAUGCUCCCGAAUUGCAGGACCUGGAAAAGAUGAUUCGCAGUAUGAGUGAGUCUGAGGUUGAAACAAAGUUCAUGGAAAUUCUCGAAGAUAUGAACAUACCCAAGGACAAGCGGGAACCGCUACUGUCGAAGCCCAUCCUUGACCGGAGAAAAAUGAUUUUCAUGCAUUUAAAAGGAAAAAACUCACUCGAACAUCGCUCCAACUCGCGUUUUGAAAAACCCAACGAUUACAUUGAAUAUCUUCAAAAUGGAGAACACGCCGAACACAAAAUCUAUCAGUGUGUGGAGAGUUUACGUGUGGCUCUAACAAGUAAUCCCAUCAGUUGGAUCAAGGAAUUCGGUGAGAAUGGCAUUGAUGAAAUCGUAAAUCUUCUGCGUCGUUGUAAAAAAGAACGAAAUUUCGAUCGAAUCGAAUUUGAAUGCAUUCGCUGCCUGAAGGCGUUCAUGAACAACACAUGGGGCUUAAAUCUUGUCCUCACACCCGAACAGCAUACGGUUGUUCUGCUUCUAGCCCAGAGUCUAGAUCCACGCAAACCGAAUACCAUGUGCGAAGCGAUUAAACUUUUAGCCAGUUUUUGUCUCGUCUCCGAGCGAAAUGGCUAUGAAAAAGUACUACGUGCCAUAACCUCUGCCGCUUCGACUACAUACAAGAGCAGUGAACGCUUUCGACCGAUAGUCGAUGGGUUGUUUGUUCAGGAGAAGAACGAUACAAAGCGUGAUUUGGCAUGUCAUAGUUUGAUAUUCAUUAACACUCUGACCAACACACCCAGCGACAUGAACUUCCGUCUUCAUUUGCGAUGUGAGAUCAUGCGAAUGGGACUCUAUGACAAAUUAAAUGAAUUCACUGAAAUCGUCAAUACGAGCAACAACGACGAUUUGAAGAAGCACUACAAGAUUUUCAACGAGAUCCGUGAGGAUGACUUCGAGGAGUUUAUUCAGCGGUUCGACAAUGUACGCUUUGAUAUGGACGACGUGAACGACUGUUUCGAUGUACUUAAGAAUCUGGUGGUAGACACAUCCUCGGAGCAAUACUUUUUAUCGAUUCUGCAGCAUUUGCUGUUUAUUCGGGAUGAUUUUUAUUUCCGGCCUGCCUACUAUCAGCUCAUCGAGGAGUGCACAUCACAGAUCGUCUUUCACAAGGGCUAUUGUGAUCCGAACUUUGACAAUCGCAAUUUCAACAUAGACACUUCGCUGCUACUGGACGAUAUUGUGGAGAAGGCCAAAGCGAAGGAAACAAAGCAAACAGAGGAAUAUGAGAAGAAGAUCGAGGAGCUUGAGAGCGCUAAGCAGGAGGCUGAGGCCAAAGCAGCGCAUUUGGAGGAGAAGAUUAAGCUUAUGGAAGCUACAGGUGUGGUUGCGGCCUCGCCAGGCAAGUUGCCAAAAGUUAACAUACCGAUGCCGCCUCCUAUGCCAGGUGGGGGUCCACCGCCACCGCCGCCUAUGCCUGGCGCAGCACGAGGAGGACCGCCACCACCUCCGCCGCCUCCAAUGCCUGGAAUGGGUGGUGGACCAAGACCGCCACCACCUCCACCGAUGCCAGGAAUGGGUGGGCCGCCACCACCUCCAAUGCCGGGCAUGAUGGGUGGUCCUCGAGGUCCUCCGCCUCCACCAUUCAUGAUGGCAGCCUCAAACGCACUUCCAUUUGGCUUGAAGCCCAAGAAGAAGUGGGAGAUCAAAAAUCCAAUGAAACGUGCCAAUUGGAAGGCAAUUGUUCCACAGAAAAUGUCCGAGAGAGCCUUCUGGGUGAAAUGUCAAGAGGAUACGUUAGCUUCGGAUGAUUUCCUCACGGAACUCUCAGUGAAGUUCUCCUCGAAGCCGGUGAAGAAAGACAACAAGGAUGCCGUGGACAAGCCGACAACGCUCACCAAGAAGAACAUCGAUCUGAAAGUCUUAGACGGCAAAGCUGCUCAGAAUAUUGCCAUCCUUCUGGGCGGUUCCUUGAAGCACUUGUCCUAUGAGCAGAUCAAAAUCUGUCUUCUGCGUUGCGAUACAGACAUUUUGUCAUCGAAUAUUCUCCAGCAACUGAUUCAGUAUAUGCCUCCGCCCGAGCAGCUGAAGCGAUUGCAAGAAAUCAAAGGCAAGGGUGAACCCUUAUCGGGAGUGGAACAGUUUGCUGCGACAAUUGGCGAGGUGAAACGCCUUGGUCCCCGAUUGCACAGCUUGAACUUCAAGCUUACCUACACUGACAUGAUAUCGGACAUCAAGCCGGACAUUGUCGCGGGAACGGCGGCGUGUGACGAGGUGCGGACGAGCAAGAAAUUUGCGAAAAUUCUCGAACUUAUCCUGUUGCUGGGUAAUUACAUGAAUUCUGGAACAAAGAACGAGCAAGCGUUCGGUUUUGAAUUUUCCUAUCUGACGAAGUUAUCCAAUACCAAGGAUGCGGACAACAAACAGACUCUAUUGCACUACCUCGCUUCGAUAGUGGAGACCAAGUUCCCCGACGCUCUGACAUUUUACAACGAUCUGUCGCAUGUUGACAAGGCAUCGAGGGUAAAUCUUGACAAUAUUCAGAAAGCUAUGCGACAAAUGAAUGCUGCCGUUAAGAAUCUAGAAGCUGACCUUAACAAUAACAAAGUUCCACAAUGCGAUGAUGAUAAAUUCGCAGAGGUCAUGGGCAAAUUCGCCAGCGAUUGUCGGCAGCAAGUGGAUGUUCUGGGCAAGAUGCAAGUUCAAAUGGAGAAACUAUUCAAAGAACUGGGCGAGUAUUAUGCGUUUGAUCCCAACAAAUACACAAUGGAAGAAUUCUUCAGUGACAUCAAGACGUUCAAGGACGCCUUCAUACAAGCGCAUCAAGAUAACGUGCGAAUUAGAGAGGACGAGGAGAAAAAACGUCGCAUGGCUGAAGCUCGGGAAAAUGCACAGCGGGAUCUGCUCGAGAGACAGCAACGCAAGCUGGCUCUGGUCGAUAUGGAUGCUGCACAAACUCAAGAAGGUGUUAUGGACAGCCUAUUGGAAGCUCUGCAGACCGGCUCAGCAUUUGGUAAUCGCGAUCAGCGACAAAAGAGAAGACAAAGGCCUGCUGCGGGCGCCGAACGAAGAGCUCAACUAAGUAGAAGUCGAUCACGAACGAGGAUGGUUCCAGGAGCUCUUAGUGCCAGAGAAAUGAUAUCCAAUGAAGCUUUGCUUGGUUCAGCCUAAACAAACUAAGACAUGAAAUUAUGUAGGAAACAAAAAACAUGUACAUAUAUAAUGAUAUAUCUGAUAUUCACAGAAUAUGAUACUAUUUUUUAUACAAAUUAUGAAAAUCAUAACAAAAAAAAAACAACAUUCAACAAAGUGGGGAGAGAAAAGUUCUGUCUGAACGAAGAUAGGUGUACUCUUUUAAAUAGUACACCUACAAGUUUAUUUUUUAUUUCCCAAACUCACGCAAACCGAACCUGAAUUAUAUAUCAGCUCCAUAUCCCGCCCUUGACGAUAGAGAGGACGUACACCAUCGAACACGAAAGAAUGUGCACCAGCUAUUAUCGUAUUUUUUUUUUGUUUUUCUUUUUUACUUUUUGAAUAAUAUUUUGUUCAAUAAGCUCAAUAAUUAUUUCUUGUGUAAAUACGAAUUUCUUUUUAAGAUCAAACAAAAAAAAAAACAAAACGAAAAUCAAUCAAAACCGAAAUAUAAAAAGAGGAAAAAGAAGAAGAAGAAAAAAAAUAACAAAAUAAAAUAUUUUUUUAUAUUGUUUUUAAGUUUGAAUUAAGAAAAAGGAAUAAAAUUCCAAGUAAAAACAUUAAAUAAAA